GACGGAGAGACCACCACCGAAAUAGAGCCGGAAGGUGAAUCUCACACCACCGUGGAUAGCGCGGUUCUGCAGGAAGGAGAACGUUUAAGAACGUCCGACGAGCAGGACGAGGCGGCCAACGUUGAAGCGCUGUUGAGCGAUCCAUCGAGCGAGCUCACGCCUCAAAUUCGCGCGGCAAUCAAAGCGAAAUGGCAGAAGAUCGUCGGGCCCGACACCGAGAUAGUCGUCGCCCAGUUGAAAAAGUUCGCCGAAGGUAGCGGUCUCGGGAUUAGCUUAGAGGGAACGGUCGACGUGGAGAACGGCCAGGAAGUAAGGCCUCAUCAUUAUAUACGUUCGAUCCUGCCGGAGGGCCCCGUCGGACAGAACGGCACGCUGCGCUCCGGCGACGAGUUACUAGAGGUAAACGGCUACCGUUUAUUGGGCAUCAAUCAUAUGGAAGUGGUUAGCGUGCUGAAAGUGUUGCCUAUACACGUCCGCAUGGUUUGCGGAAGAAACAUCGCCUCGCAGGAUCCACUUUGCCCCAUCGACACCGCUCAACAUCAGGCCGCCUUCCAGACCAGAAGCAUCCUCGGUGGGUCUCUGCAAAACUUGUUGCCCACGAUGGAUCGCCUUGUGAAAGCAAAGUCGGACGGUUCCUUGGCUUCGACGACGACCACGGCCACGGUGACCGACGCGAGUCUGAAUAAAAUGAAGUCGCGCUCGUUGGAACCGCUAACCGGUCUGGCGAUGUGGAGUUCCGAACCGCAAAUUAUCGAAUUGGUUAAAGGAGAGAGGGGCCUUGGGUUCUCCAUUUUGGAUUAUCAGGUGCGAAAGUAAUUUUUCGUAGCACGCGGUGGUUCUUCG